AUGAGCAAAUUACGCAUCCUUUGUUUGCAUGGCUUUACAUCCAAUGGUAGCAUCCAUGCACACCAAGUCCGGAAAAUCACACAAGCAUUAUCAGCCGACUAUGAUUUUCUCUUUCCGGACAGCCCUCAUGAGGUCGAGGUCACAGAAAAGAUGAAACUCGAAGAUCCCAUGACGAGAUCAUGGAGUGAGUUUGUCGCCCAGAACUCAAAUUCAGGACACAGAGCCUGGUGGUUUGCCAAAGAUCCAAAUCCGGCAAAGAAACAGCCUGGUAGCUUUCAGGGACUUGAGCAGAGCCUCGACUACAUCGGAGAUCUCCUGCAGAAGACAGGUCCUGUACAUGCAAUAUGGGGAUUUAGCCAGGGAGCGUGUUUCGCAGGGAUGUUGAUGGCAUUGCUUUCAAAUCAACAAAGAGACAACCCUCUUCGGAGUCGCCUUCCUAGCAGCCAGGCUGUGCCAAGUGCGGGCAUUUUCAUCUCUGGCUUCAAAGCGAGGUUCCCACAGUAUGACAGUGCAUAUGCAUCGGGAAUUGAUCCCCCAACACUGCAUAUAAUCGGCUCGAGAGAUACUUCUGUUACCCCUGAGCGAAGCGAAACUCUGCUGAAGGUUUGCAAGCAACCGACAAUAUUGAGGCAUGAGGGCGGUCACGAUUUGCCGAGUUCGGAGAAGGAUCAGAAAACGAUUGUUGAGUUUCUGUGUGAGAACGUCCAUACCGAAUAUUUGGGCGGUCGAGAGAAAAUAUAG